CGCGCUCUCUCUCUCUCGAGGUUGCGGAGCAGAGCUCGGAAGGACAUUUUUGCCGCUGCCGGCCACCGUCACGACGCUGCUGCGAGCGCGGGGCUCAGAGGCGGGGCGUGGCGGGGGUGAUGGCGCAGCCCGGCUGAGGCAGAGGAGCGGCCUGCGGAGUGUUCCGCCCGCGCGAUGCUUCUGUCCCCUGUGGGCCUUCCCUGGGACCCGCGUUAAAGGCGGGAGGGGGAGGUGACCCCUUAGGCAGGUACCCCCGGAGGUUCUGGCGGCCGUAGGACUGCUCAGGGCUCAGGUACCUUCAGCGGUAUGGAAGCCCGGAUUAUUAUACAAGAGGAUUUAUACGUCACUUAAAAAGGUGAAGAUGCCUGCUGCCUGUGAUUCAGUUCUGGAAGAUAUUGAAGAUAUUGUGUCAGCAGAAGCUGUGAAGCCAGGCAGUCGGCAGUUUGUAAGAAGGAAUGUCUUUCCCAAAGUGCGAAAACGCAGUUCAAAAAAAAAUGUUCAGACAGAUGAUGACCCCCCAAGUGACAGCAUUAUUCCUGGUACUCAAAAAAUCUGGAUUCGUACAUGGGGAUGUUCCCACAAUAAUUCAGAUGGUGAAUACAUGGCUGGACAGCUGGCUGCAUAUGGAUACAAAAUUACAGACAACUCUGCUGAAGCAGAUUUAUGGUUGCUGAACAGUUGUACAGUAAAAAAUCCUGCUGAGGACCACUUUAGAAACUCAAUCAAGAAAGCCCAAGAAGGGAAGAAGAAAGUGGUUCUCGCAGGCUGUGUGCCACAAGCCCAACCUCGUCAGGACUACCUGAAAGGCUUGAGUAUUAUAGGGGUUCAGCAGAUAGAUCGUGUUAUAGAAGUUGUGGAGGAAACUAUUAAAGGUCAUUCAGUGAGACUACUGGGUCAGAAAAAGGAUAAUGGAAAACGUUUGGGGGGAGCACGACUGGAUUUGCCAAAGAUUAGGAGGAAUCCACUGAUAGAAAUAAUUUCCAUCAAUACAGGGUGUCUCAAUGCAUGUACCUACUGCAAAACUAAGCAUGCCAGAGGAGAGCUAGCAAGUUACCCAAUUGAAGAACUAGUGGACAGAGCCAAACAGUCUUUUCAAGAGGGUGUUUGUGAGAUAUGGCUGACCAGUGAAGACACAGGGGCUUAUGGCAGAGACAUUGGCACAGAUCUCCCUACGCUUCUUUGGAAGCUAGUUGAAGCCAUUCCUGAGGGAGCUAUGCUGAGGGUUGGCAUGACAAACCCUCCCUAUAUUUUGGAGCAUCUGGAGGAAAUGGCAAAGAUUCUCAAUCACCCAAGAGUAUAUGCUUUUCUGCACAUACCAGUCCAGUCAGCGUCUGACAGUGUGCUCAUGGAUAUGAAAAGAGAAUACUGCAUUGCAGACUUCAAACAAGUAGUGGAUUUCCUUAAAGAAAAGGUGCCUGGAAUAACAAUUGCUACAGACAUCAUCUGUGGUUUUCCAGGAGAAACGGAUGAAGAUUUUCAAGAAACUAUGAAACUUGUAGAACAUUACAGGUUUCCAAGCUUGUUUAUUAAUCAGUUUUAUCCACGCCCAGGAACCCCAGCUGCAAAAAUGCAUCAAGUUCCAGCUGCAGUGAAAAAACAGAGAACAAAGGAUCUGUCCCAGCUGUUCCAUUCAUACAAUCCAUAUGAUCAUAAGGUUGGUGAGAGGCAGAGAGUUCUAGUAACAGAAGAAUCCUUUGAUUCCAAUUACUAUGUUGCUCACAAUCCUUUCUAUGAGCAGGUUCUUGUUCCAAAAGAUCCUCUCUUAAUGGGUAAGAUGGUAGAAGUGAAUAUUUAUGAAGCUGGGAAACAUUUUAUGAAGGGGCAGCCAGUGUCAGAUGCCAGAGUUUACACUGCAUCCAUCGCCAGACCGUUAGCAAAAGGAGAAGUUUCUGGUUUACCAGAGGAGUUCAGACAUGCAUCACAAAAUGGCACAAACUGGAAAGCACACCCUUCUGCUGAGUUCCCAGUGACAACACCGCUCAGCUCCUGGAUGGCUUUGCAGUUCCCAUGGCAACAAGAAGGAGGUGGACUGAAGAUACUGUUGGUCAGCCUGGCUCUACUGGCAGUUCUUGUUAUAUUUUACUGUGGAGGAAUGAAAACAGAACUGUGAGCUGAAUGAGGAUUUUAUAAAAACAAUGAAACUGCUGUCCAUAAUCUUCAAAGGGCAUACUUCUAUCAACAAUUCUUUUUCUAAAAAAAACCGACAAAAAAGCUAAUAUAAAUUGGGCAAUAAUUUGUAUUCACCCUAUGCCUUUCCUGUCAUUCAUAGGAGAGAAUGUUACUGAGCUCUAGGGAGACUUAUCUUGCCAAAAUUUGAGGUCCUUGAUUGGCAGACAAGUUUAUUACAUCUUUCCUCUUCUUUUUUCUAAAAUGAUGCAAUGUUUGCAUUGCUCUUCAUAACUUCUGUAGCAGGUAAAGUUACAUUCUGGAAACUCAUGAAGUUUAUAAGAAAUCUUUCCACUGAACGAUGUUGGUAAUUUUUUACAGGCAUAACAUUUAAAGGUUUCUUAAAUAUUUUGAUUAAUGCAGUGUAAUGGUUUCAUAAUUGUCUUUUUACAUUAUAAUCAAACACUUCCGGGUCAUUAAAAGUUUGUCAUUUGUUGCUAUUGAUUUUGCUGUCAUAUCUGAAAGAAUUUUUGGUGUGCCAUCUUGCCUUUCUCAGUUUCACAAUGAGAUACUGGGCUUUGUUAAUACAAGAAGAAUUAUUUUUACAUAGAAGUAGUUUCAAAGGUAUUGGGGUUUUAUUAUUGAAUGGGAAGAUGGAGUUCUAGGCUUAGAGUUCUCUUUAAAGAUGGAUUUAAUCCAGUCUGUAUGGAUUUAGCAUAGUGUUCAGAGAACUAAAUGUGAGUUUCUAUUAGCUGUGCAUUGGAUCAUGGUAUGUAUUAACAGUAUUGCCACACAUCUCCUCUCAUCUUCAGAUUCUGCUGGUCAGCCAGGGACUGGACUCUGCCCAGUUUUGCCAGCAGCCAACCAUAUGAUUUUAUUUGUUCAUUUCAUGCCUUGUCACCUGUCUGGAUCUUCAUCCAAACUUCCACUUCCUUAAGGCUGUUCAGAACCUUGAGAACUGCUUUUUUUUUUUAUCAGCAUGUUUAUGUUGUACCCAGCAUAGACAGAGCUGAGCUGCUGCCUACACAGCUGUUUUGGUUUAACCCUAGUAGGCAGCUAACACAGAGCCACUGGCUCACUCCUCCACAUGGGGGCAAGAAUCAGGAGGGUAAAAUUGAGAAAACUUGCAGGCUCACAUAAAGGCAGAUAAAGCAGAAGCAGCUCAUGCAUGCAAAAUAAGGCAUUGACAUUGUGCAAGUACCACUCAGCAACAGCUGAAACAUCCUGCUGUUAUCAAGGAUGGUUUGCUCAUAAAUCCAAAACACAGCCCCAUACUAGCUAUGGUGAAGAAAAUUAACACCAUGCCAGCCAAAGCCAGUAUUGUGGCCCUACAGUGCAGAUAAAAAAAUCCUGUGAAGGCUGCUAUGUACUUCAUAAACUGAGGAUUCCUACUAGUUACAGCCAAUUAAUCAGGAAGUUUCACCAUGCUGCUUUCAGUACAGCCUGUAAAUUAUAACAGCAAAUGUAACUGUCUUCAGGAAAUUAGGUGUGUAAUGGCUUGAAUAUUUUAUUUUUUAUUGCAGCCACUGGAGGUCAUAAGCCAAUACUCAGUACGCAUAAGAUUUUUUUUUUCAGACUUUUCUUUACAACCGGGAAUACAUAACAAUGACUGAUUUACAUUUUUUACAAAUCUGAGGUAGUCAGAAAAAUCCCACUUGAGUCUAGGUGCUGAAAUUUUUAGGAAAUUUUCACAGGAUUCUCAGAAAAACUAUGAGUUGACAAAAUCAUUAUAGCUGAUCUAAAUUUUUGCAUUUGAUGGCAACAAACUAUGCAGAUAUGUUUGCCUCUACCACUCUCUAUCUCAGCCACUUCAGCUUAUCUAAUCAUAGCAAUUACAGACUCAUUGCAUCAGCUGUUACAGAGAUUUACAAAGCUUGUGAUUUAGAGCAUCAUUGGCUUUAAUGGGACCAGCUUAUUUUCUUAGAAAUAAUGCAAUGCAGAGAAAGAGGGUGAAGAAAACUAUGUUAAUGAAGUUGCCCACAGAUAGAGCUUUAACUUGAUAAGAGGAAGUGUUGCUUAUCAAGUAUUUCAUUAUCUUCCUUUGGAUUGGAAAAGGGCUUUUUGAUGCUUUGUAAUGUAGAGCAGUAGAAUGUCACUUGUUCCUGUUGGUUUGCAGCUAAAGCUUUCAAAGCUACUGAGCUGAAAAAGUCAAUUCUGGUCAAACAACUCAUCUGCAGCUUCAGGCAAAACCCAAACGUUGCACUGUUUGAGGCUGCACUUGAAGGCUGCAGGGAAACCUCAGUGAGCAUCGAGUGAAUUGUAGAAGUUUAUCUGUUUCAUGGAAUGGGUUGACCUGAACACAUUUGAUCUGUGUUUUUUUCUCCCAUUUGGCUCCCUAAGUGCUUCUAAUUUCCAUGUCUGGAGGUGUCUUUAAUUUUUACACUGGCAUUAUGUUUGAGGCCUGCUUCCACCAAGUAUCCUCUCCUCACAAGCCAUCAGGGUGGGUGAGAAAUCUGCUGCACUCCAAGUUGAUGGGGUCACUGCAGAAGUUUCCCCACAGUCAACUCUUACUCAUGGGUGAACACACUCAUCACGAGCCAAUGUGUCUGCUAUGAAGCAAUCUACAUUCAAUGCCUUUUUUUUUUUUUUUUUUUUUUCACAUGAAGGAAGAAUCUAAUUUCCUUUUGGAACCAAGGAAGCCUCAACUAUUUUUCUUAAAUAUCUGUGGUAGCUCUGAGUUCUCUUUGGCUGUUUUCAGUGAGGAAUCUUGCAAACCACAUGACUUGAACAGCAAAGACAUUUUAAAUAUCUUCUGAACAACAUUAAGGGCACACUUUUUAUGUCGUAUUUAUGCAUGUUAUUGGAUGCUGUAUGAUUUUAUCAUUUAGUCUUUUCAUUGUAGCUUUCUAUUAUUAGUAUACUUGUUGAGAAAAAGAAUGUGAAUUUAAAAAAUGUGGUCUAUGUAAAGCUUGUUUUGUAAAGCAGGAGAUAGAAAGAAGGAGAAAGUACCUUUUGAGAAGAGUUCAUCCACCUCUCCCACAUUAUUGCCUGCACAUCCCUGAGCAUCUGACAGCUUCUGUUAAUUCAGUUUAACUCCCUUGUUCAACUUCCCAUAUGGAAAGCUGGAGUGAUUUUUGAAUAACAGCAAGUAAUAUCUGAAGUGGCAGCAACUGGCAACUCUGACACUGAGCUUGACUGUGGCCAUUACCCAGAAUGCUUCUGCUCUUCUUGAGAAGCAAUUACAAUUUCACAGGUUGGAAUUAAAAUUCCCUGCUGUAUGCAGUAGAGUAACUGAAAUUGUCAAAGUGAUUUCAAGCUGUUAAUCUCUCGCUGCUUGAAGAGAGAAAAUAGAGCCCCUCUUAACCAGGCACAGAUCUGACAACUUAAAAACUCCAGCCUUCCACUACAUUUAAAUACAUAUGGAGAGUGGCUUGAUCUGCUCACAGAGGAUAUCUGUAAAGAUGUUAUGUCUAUGAACAUUUGUGUAUUAUUAACAAGUCUAUCUUUUUUAACUUUAAGAUGUGUAGAGACUUCAGGGACUAAGACAAAUAUGGAAGAAGUCUUAUGCAAGAGCACUGAGAGUUUGGAGGAAGGAAUAGGCAUAUGCCUGUUUGUUUAAGGCUUAUUAAAAUUUUUAUUUAUGUAUUUUUGACCAUGUAGUAUUUUUUGCUGGAAAAAUUGCUCACAAGUUUCCCUAAUUUUAUUUUCAGAUAUUUGUACUCUGCAGUGUGAGUGCACUGGGUUUGAUUGUAUAAAUAGAAACAAAGAGCAUUUAGAAAUCAAAAUCAGAGGAAGAAAUUGAGAGGCUGUAAAGCUAAGAUGCAAAAAUAAGAACCUUAAUGCAAAAGCUGCAAAGCAGGUUAUAACUCAGAGGCAACAGCCCACAGAUUUUGUGACUGGCUGCAAAACACUACUUGACCUGCUCAAAGGCAGGGUUCAUCCACUAAUUUAUGACUGCUGGAAAGUAUUUCUGCAAGUAUCAUUAAAUAUCUGUAGUUGUGUAUUUAAUUCAUGCACA